GAUUGGCCGGCUUUUGCUCUUUCAGUCAAUGGUCGCCACAGCCGUGCGGUUAAGCAUCGGUUAAAGUUUUUUUUAAGAAAAACAUUCAUUUUCACGGCUCCAUUGUCUCUUUUGGUGUCAGUUAGAUACGUAAGAGGAGAUACUUAAACAAUCACUAUCUGAAUAAUAAAGAUUAAAAAUGAGUUCAAGUGCUUGUUAUAAAUGCAACCGCAUGGGUCACUUCGCCAGGGAAUGCCCACAAGGUGGUGGUGGAGGUGGAGGUGGAGGUCGUGGAGACAGGAAUCAUGAUCGUGAUGGUGGAUUCAGCAGAGGUCGUGAAAAGUGCUUCAAGUGCAAUCAAUUUGGACACUUUGCUCGCGAUUGCAAGGAAGAUCAUGAUCUUUGUUAUCGAUGCAGCGGCACUGGACACAUUGCAAAGGAUUGUCAACAGGGCGCUAACUGGGGGCCUGAGAUGUGUUGUUACAUUUGCAACAAAACUGGUCAUAAAGCGCGCACCUGCCCUGAGGGUGGCAACGAUUCUGGACGCUUUUCCUCACCAAAUUGCUACAAUUGCAAUAAGACUGGACACAUUGCACGCAAUUGCCCAGAGGCAGGAGGCAAGACAUGCUUUUCUUGCAACAAGCCUGGUCACAUAAGCCGUGAAUGCGAUCAGGAUGACAGGAAGUAGGAGAUAAAUGGAAUCCGUGCCGCUCGCUUAACGAUAAGCCGUUUACCGUUACGCGCACCACUACCAGGGAUUGUAGCUAGGUAGGGAUGUGCGAACAUGUGUCUCGUUGAUGCGUUAUAAUAAUCGCUAAAAAAAAAAAAAAAAAAAAAAUGAUAUAAAAAAGACGCGUUUCGUCAUAGUCAUUCGGAUUCCCAAUCUCUUCAUGCCCAAAAACAAAAAAAGAAAAAAAAAUCCUGGAGCACUCCUUCUCCCUUCUCCUCUCUAUCCACCGUUGUUUAUUAUAUUUUUUUUUUUUCCUUUUACAAUGGUUUAUUUCUUACGAUAUCAACGUUUUUUUUUAUCGCUGUUACACCAUCGGACUAUGUGCUUGCAACGUAUAAUUACAGAAAUUUUUGUUUGUUUUUUUUUUUGGAAAAUGACAACGUUUUAUAGAAAUUAUAAUCUGUAAACGUGCACAAAAAAAAAGAAAAUAAUUAAAUUAAAAAGAUUUCCCUGAUGAUUUCAUAUUUCAUCUGAUACAAGAUGUAUGGGUUUUGGGUAAAGAAAGGAAAAUUCAAUUUUUGUGAAAUUGUCACUAAACUAAUCGAAUUUUGAAAUCUUUUUUUUUAAAUUGUGAAAUAAAUUAUUAAUUUAACAUA